AUCGUUGACGGGGCGCGGAUCGCGGCCGGUGGUUGCUGUGCCCGGUCGGCGUCCGCUCGCUCGGUUAUUCGUCCUCCGCCUGGACGAGGCGUCUGUGGCCGGGCUUCCGCAGCAUGCUGCGGUCGGCACGGCUCGCGCUGCCCCUCUGAGUCCCGGGACGGCGGCGAGCGCGGCGAGCUCGGGUCGCCAUGCCUACCCGAGUGUGCUGCUGCUGCUCUGCUUUGCGUCCUCGCUACAAACGUCUGGUGGACAACAUAUUCCCUGAAGAUCCCAAAGAUGGGCUUGUUAAAGCUGAUAUGGAGAAACUGACAUUUUAUGCAGUGUCUGCACCAGAGAAGCUUGAUCGAAUUGGUGCCUACCUGGCAGAAAGGCUGAGCAGGGAUGUUGUCAGACAUCGUUCUGGGUAUGUUCUAAUUGCUAUGGAGGCGUUGGACCAGCUUCUUAUGGCCUGCCAUUCUCAAAGCAUCAAGCCAUUUGUAGAAAGUUUCCUUCACAUGGUAGCAAAGCUCUUGGAAUCAGGGGAACCAAAGCUUCAGGUUCUUGGAACAAAUUCUUUUGUCAAAUUUGCAAAUAUUGAAGAAGAUACACCGUCCUAUCAUAGACGUUAUGACUUCUUUGUAUCUCGAUUCAGUGCCAUGUGUCACUCCUGUCAUAGUGAUCCAGAAAUACGAACCGAGAUUCGCAUUGCUGGAAUAAGAGGUAUUCAAGGUGUGGUUCGCAAAACAGUUAAUGACGAGCUUCGGGCCACCAUUUGGGAACCACAGCAUAUGGAUAAGAUUGUUCCAUCCCUUUUGUUUAACAUGCAGAAAAUAGAAGAAGUUGACAGUCGCCUAGGCCCACCUUCUUCCCCCUCUGUAGCUGACAAAGAAGAGAACCCUGCAGUACUGGCGGAGAGCUGUUUCAGAGAACUGCUGGGCCGAGCAACUUUUGGGAAUAUGAACAAUGCUGUUAGACCAGUUUUUGCGCAUUUAGAUCAUCACAAGCUGUGGGAUCCUAAUGAGUUUGCAGUUCACUGCUUUAAGAUUAUAAUGUAUUCUAUUCAGGCUCAGUAUUCUCACCAUGUGAUCCAGGAAAUUCUUGGACACCUUGAUGCUCGUAAGAAGGAUUCUCCACGGGUUCGAGCAGGUAUCAUUCAGGUUCUGUUAGAGGCUGUCGCCAUUGCUGCUAAAGGGUCCAUAGGGCCGACUGUGCUGGAAGUCUUCAACACCCUGUUGAAGCACCUGCGGUUCAGUGUGGAACUGGAAGCCAAUGACCCCCAGAAGGGGUCUGUAGGCAGUGUCACCUUAAGCUCCAAAGACAACGACGAGAAGAUUGUACAGAAUGCUGUCAUCCAGACAAUAGGAUUUUUUGGAAGUAACUUACCAGACUAUCAGAGGUCAGAGAUCAUGAUGUUCAUCAUGGGGAAAGUGCCUGUUUUUGGAACAUCCACUCAUACUUUGGAUAUCAGUCAACUAGGGGAUUUGGGAACCAGGAGGAUUCAGAUAAUGUUGCUGAGGUCUUUGCUCAUGGUGACUUCUGGAUACAAAGCCAAGACAAUUGUUACUGCACUGCCUGGGUCAUUUCUGGAUCCUCUAUUGUCACCAUCCCUCAUGGAAGACUAUGAGCUGAGGCAGUUAGUCUUGGAAGUAAUGCACAACCUGAUGGAUCGCCAUGACAAUAGAGCAAAGCUCCGUGGCAUCAGAAUAAUACCAGAUGUGGCUGACUUGAAGAUAAAAAGAGAGAAAAUUUGUAGACAAGAUACGAGCUUCAUGAAAAAGAAUGGGCAACAGCUAUAUAGGCACAUAUAUCUGGGCUGCAAAGAGGAAGACAACGUUCAGAAAAACUACGAGCUUCUUUAUACAUCUCUGGCUCUGAUAACUAUCGAACUCGCCAAUGAAGAGGUGGUUAUUGACCUCAUUCGAUUGGCCAUUGCUUUACAGGACAGUGCAAUUAUCAAUGAAGAUAACCUGCCAAUGUUUCAUCGUUGUGGGAUCAUGGCACUGGUUGCUGCCUAUCUCAACUUUGUGAGUCAGAUGAUAGCCGUUCCAGCAUUCUGCCAGCAUGUUAGCAAGGUUAUUGAAAUUCGAACUGUGGAAGCCCCUUAUUUUCUACCAGAGCAUAUUUUCAGAGAUAAGUGCAUGCUUCCAAAAUCUUUAGAGAAGCACGACAAAAAUUUAUAUUUUUUGACCAACAAGAUUGCAGAGUCCCUUGGGGGAAGCGGGUACAGUGUGGAGAGGCUGUCGGUUCCUUAUGUGCCACAGGUUACAGCUGUCUUUCCUUCAGGCCCAAAGCCUCAUAAACCCAGGCGGAAAUACAAAGAUGAAGAUCGCCUUUCUAGAAGAAAAAGUAUUGUGGAUACCGUAUCUAUUCAGGUGGAUAUUUUAUCCAACAGUGUGCCUUCUGAUGAUGUGGUUAGCAACACUGAGGAAAUCACCUUUGAAGCACUGAAGAAAGCAAUUGAUACCAAUGGAAUGGAAGAACAGGAAAAGGAAAAGAGACGUCUUGUGAUAGAGAAGUUCCAGAAAGCACCAUUUGAAGAAAUAGCAGCACAGUGUGAAUCCAAAGCAAAUUUGCUUCAUGAUAGACUUGCUCAAAUAUUGGAGCUCACCAUACGCCCUCCUCCCAGUCCAUCUGGAACAUUGACCGUUACUUCUGGGCACGCCCAAUACCAGUCCGUCCCAGUAUAUGAGAUGAAGUUUCCAGAUCUGUGUGUAUAUUGAUUGGCUUACGAAGACUACAGCAUUUUAAAAGGACCUUAAAGCCUGAAAAAUAGGGCCAAGACGAGUUUCAGGAUUUGCAUAGUGCUUACUGGAAUGUCCUGAAGUGUUAUGGGACUUGUCUCUACCAACACUUGUCAUGCUGUAUUAGGAGUUUAGGGAUCCUGAGUUAGAGUACCUCUGAAAAUAGGCUUAUACCAUGUUAAUUUCUUUUGAGGUUCCUGUUAGCUUUUAAGAUUGAACAUGUAUUGCUUUCACAUUAUACUCUUGUUAAAUAGUAUAUUUUAAACUUUGCACAAACAUAAUUUUUUAAAAAUGAUUGAAAAUAUAUGAAGUAUCUAUACAACUGCUUAGAAAUGGAUUACUUUUCUUUUCUUCAAAAGUAAAUAUAUUCCUAAUUUUAGAGUUGCAAAUUCGCUCAUGCUUUCUAAUUCCGUGCUUCAGAUGGACUGUGUACACAUCCCUUCAGUCCUCCAUAGUAACCUGUGGCAGGCAUUCCUAGGAUGUCAAUGAUAGAAAUUCUCUACUGGAUAGUAUUCCCACCUAGGUUCCUAUCUGGAAACUGGCCAGAUCUUACUGGUCUUGUGAUAUUGUUUUCUGCUUCAAGUUGAGCGCUUGAGCCCCUUGGAGCUCACUCUUGGAGUGGGAAAAAGGUACAGUGUUUUUCAUAUAUGACGUGCUAGUUUACAGGCUGUGCUUUGAAACUAUAGUUGUAUUUUGCUGUGAUUCCAUUAAUUAGAUGAAAUAUAUAUUUACUAUAGAAAAGAAAGACAUUUAAAAGAACUACCUGUUCACCUGUGCAGAGUCUAUGCAUUUCAGUUCUUAGUGAAUUAAUUUACAUUUUAUAUUGUACAUUGUUUUAAAUCUUCAUUGUACAGAAAUUCUUCCAGUGAAUCUUAAUUUGUAAGAAUUGAACCAAAACUUGUAUAUAUCUCUAUGAAGAUUAGUUAUAUACUUCAAAAUGGUCUGUGUGUUCUUGCUAAGGCAUAUGAGUGUGAGCUGCCUUUCACUAGUGAGACUUGUAAGACUACAAGGGCAGUGUGUGCUGCACAUGCUGGGGACACCACCAUGUGCUAAACGGGCGCAUUCUGCACUUAGAGCAUUCUCUCAGCACAGUUUUGUGGAAUCACUUUGUGUAAUUACCUUUUCAAAUUCAGUUUCUUUUUAUAAAACAGUAUUCCUAUCAAAAAUUGUACUCAAAAAAUAUUCAGUUUUAGUUUUGUUUUUGUUUUAAAAGAUGAGAUAAAAUACAGAGUGUUUUAUCUGUGUGUUUUUAGUUAUUUGGGCACCAUUAGUACAGAAAGAAAGGGAAGGAAGGAAGGGAGGGAGGGAGGGAGGAAGGAAGGAAGGAAGGAAGGAAGGAAGGAAGGAAGGAAGGAAGGAAGGAAGGAAGGCCCAAAGCUUUGAAUAUUUACAGCAAGAGUAGAACAUCUUGAAGAGGGGUCUGUUUGCUAGAGCUCCUCUGACAAGACAGCCCAGGUUGCUGAUUAAGUGCGGAUGCACCAGACCUUGUACUCAAAAGGAACAACACAGCUGCCACUGGAAGACCAGUGCCUUGCAUGAGCUCUCACUGUAGCUUCCCCUCACACCAGGGAUAUGUGGCCAGUUAAGGAAAACCCAUGCACUUUUGGUUCACUUUUUUCUUCUUCAUUUUAAAAGAAGGAUAUUAUUUUUUGACUGCAUUUAAAAUCUAAACAGGGGGACAUGCAAAAAAAUCAUCAUCCACUUGGAUGUCAUUUUAUAAAUUAACACUGUGUGCUUUUGUAUGGAAAAGUAUAUAAUUUAAUAGUAUAAGAAAAGAGAUAUAUUCACUUGCAUUCAUGCAGAACACGAGCUUUGCUGUAUAAAAUUUUGUGUUUCCUGGUGAUUUAAAAAGACAUGCUUUGCAUGCAAAGGAAAGCCAUUGCAAUUCGUCUUUAUCAUAUGUGUAGCUUGGGUUUUUACAAACUGCUGGUUUGAGUUUUGUUUCUGUGGUUUCUUAAACUACAGUACAUGUCUGGCUAUCUUAGGUCCAGUAGACUGAACUGGUUUUGUUGAUAAGGGUUCCCAAGCAAUGGAUGUUUGUCUGUCUGAUUCUUCCACAGUCACAGGGAUCACAUUUGGACGCGUGAGCAAGCUGUGCUGUAGCUAGUUCAGGUACUGAGUCUUUAGGACUUGCUGGAGUUCAUUGGUCUGUUUUGGCAGGUACGUGAUACUCAAAGCAUUUAUUGUUCUCCUUGCUGUAUACAGUUGGUUAUAUUCUUUUGUGUGACGCCAAGCAGUUAGUUUAAAUGUUCCUCCUAUGCUUGUGAUCCUUGUGCAUCUAGCUGCUUACAUAGUGUCAUUGAAUUUUACCUGAGCUCUCAUACUCAUUCUCUCUCACUUCCUCUUUCCUCCUUCUGGUCCUCUUGCUUCCCUCCAAGCUCCUUUAGAACUCAUCCUUUAGAGCGAUAACACCCUUAACCAGCAGUUUAACUCCCCACUCCCUCAAACGGGGCUCAUUUGUCUCACUAAUGCUUAUACGUGUAUUACUGUAAUAAAAUAAGUUUUUUAAAUGUAAAUUUUCAUUGUGAAUCAUAUGUAAGCAAUAAAACAAAAAUAGCAUCGCUU